GGCCAAACAAACCUACACCUUCUAAGAAUUGACUUAUCUUUAAAACUUUAUCCAAUUCAGUUCGCUUUCGAUUUGCCACCAAGGACAACAUGAAGCUCUCCGCCGUCAAACUUGCCUCUUUCGCGGCCCUUUUGACACCAGUCAUUGCUAAUUUUGAUGUUUACAUGGUAGACGCAUACGAAAGAGUCUUCAAAACCCACUCAAGAGGUUGGCAAAUCUUCGAUGCGCAACCUUCUUGCGAUCAAGUUAAAACUGCAGCGAUCUGGUGGAGCUACGGCGAUGUCAGUGGGGAUCAUGAAGGAGUUCGCUGCUCUGGAAGUGGUUGUGACUAUACAGCUCCCAUUAGUAAUAUUGAUAUUCUGGAAAUGAAUUUUAGCAGUCUACGCAAAGUUUGGCACUGGACUCUAUACAAGGAUCGUGGCUUCUCUAUGGUCGGAUUGGACGGCAAUACUUAUGGCAACUGCAUUGCGUUUCCUAAUGGUGACUAUGACUGCGAUACCAAUAAUGGUGCACAAACUCUUCAUGGGUAUCGAAAGUUCCGUUGCUUAACGCAAUAUACCGUGAACGAUAUUUUCAGUUAGACUGUAUAAUAUUGCGACAGCUAGAACUAUGUGGCUUUGAGGACUUUAGGCUCAGGGAUUAAUCUGUCAAUCAAGUAGAAUCCCUAACCCUUAUGCGAGGUGUGUUUUAUAAAACACAAUCUCGAACGUUUUUAUUUGUGAAAAUAAUCCUAUUACCCUACAUAAACUCUACUUUUAUAUUUAUAUUUAUUAUAAAAUUAAAAAGAUAUAUUGUAAUUAUUUUAAACGAAAUAAUCUUUUCUAGAAUUAUUAAUAUCA